UCACGCAUGCGCAAAACCAUUCAGUCCGCGUAAUUCUCGCGAGUAUUGUAAUUGUGGAAUUUGUGCAAGUUUUUUAUUGAAAAUAAAAUGAGAAUCAUAGGAAAAAUUUCAUCAAAUCAUCAAAUGAAUAAAUUCAAAUAAGUGUAUAAUUAAAGAUUAGCCUUAAUUAAUAAAUUGCCGUGCAAUGUGAAUCCACUCGAUCUCAUUGAAACUAACCUAACCUAUGUUUGUCGGAUAAACACUCGAGUGACGUUUGAGGUGAGUCAACGCUGACCUGGCUUCGUUUCAUAGCGAGAUUUCGCGUUUUGUCGCAAGCUUCUCGCCACGCGAGAAAGGAAAUAUGGAUAAUUAAAAUUCCACGUGAAUAAUCGAAUUAUCUUUGAUUUUAAAUUCAUAGUGUUUUACAGAACAUAAAAACAAUUAUUCUAUUUUAUUGCAAGAAUAAAAUUCCACCCGAUUUAUGAUAGACAUUUUUUUGGCCUUUCAACGAUCAUCAUCACCGAGCGUCUAAAUCGACUCAAUACCGACAAACAUGGCUGUGCAAACAUCUCAUUUGGAGGCUAUCCAAGCGCUACCUGGCGACACACCCGGCGAGAAGUACAAAUGGAUAAGCAAUCUAAUAAAAGAACGAUUGUCCGAGUCGAACAGCCUGGAAGAAGUGAUCGAAUCCGAGAAGAUUCCCAGGCCGCUCGUAUCUUUUGUUCAAAUACACGCAGCUAUGAUGCUGAACAAAAAGAAUCCAAAUAAUCAGAGCACCUAUGCGGCUAUAGCGGAGGCUCUCAAAUCCAGGGACGAAAUAAUCGUGAACAAAGCGUUACAGGCGAACAAUUUCUUCAAUGGAACCAACGAAUACAUUACUAAUGUUCAGUACUUUUUCAACUACCUCUUUCCAUACGUUUCUUUAAACACCAGAACGCGAAUCAUCAAUGUUUUAGCCUCUCGACUGGCGUCCAAGAAUCCUGCCCUGGCCGAAGAAUUCUUCAAGGCAGUGGCUUCGUUUUACGGGCUGAAACAAGCGCUGCCGUUGCUACCAGCUUGUAGCGAGUCUUUCAUGUACAACAUUAUCAUAGAGAAAAGAAUCGUUCUAAAUCGGAAGCUGAUCAAGCAGAUCUUCCGCAAGAAUCCGGAUUUCAUCGUGCGGUAUUUUAAAUUGAGCGAGCAGAACAUCGAUCCCUGCGAGAGGCGUCUUCAUCCGAUAAAUAUUUAUAAGUUCAGCGACUUCCUGCCCAAAUUGAUCAAGAAGAGAUUGGAUUCGUUCGUGGAAUUGUACGAGAUGUUCGAGCCGAGAGUAACUCUUAGCAAUCUGUGCGCAGAGGCAUUUCUGAAGAAUGGCAAGGAGCAUUUGCAGCAAAAACCCAAGCUGUAUAUCAAGAUUCUCCCAUUGAAAAGAAUCAGUAAUAACUGCAUGGAAAUCAUAUUUCCCAAAUUAUUCCCCACGAACAUUGAUAACUUCGAAACGGAUACCAUGUUGGAUUACUUGGAAUACUAUCGACAGGAUAAAAAGCUCGAUUUCUUCUUGAAAUCUUACAAACAAGUAUACGGUAAGAAUAUCCUCGAUGAUUCGAGUAAAGUAACGGCGACGUUGCUGAAGAUGUUACCGGUCAAGGAGCGAAUCAAACAGGCGAGAAUCAAAUUGCAAAGAGACAGCUCGGACGAGAGGAUGGAUUAUACAAUUUGUUGGAAAUGUUACUUGCCCAUCAAUGAGUCGAUACCGCAGUUGAAGGAACAGAUAAAUACCACCUCGGAGAUGGAGUAUAGAUCGGCCCUGGUGUGUAAGAUGAUAUAUUCGUGCAAGGUGAACAACGAUGACCAAGCUCUGUUGGAAACCAUGAUGUACAUCAAGAUCAGGCACAAGAACGAGCAAGGUUUGUUCCUGAUGCAAGUGUUCGAGAUAUUGCUGGAGCUUUACGAUCUUCCCCAAAUGGGUGAGAAUUUCUGGUCGAUCUUGAUGGAUAUAAUCAUGCGUGCCCACAUAAAGGGUGAUCUGAAUAUCAGAAAUACCACCGGUGUGAGAAUAGUGGAGGCUGCCAUCCAUUAUAAAAUUCUUCAAUCCCAACCCAUAUAUCAGAUGAUCGAAAUAUUUAUGGAAUUAAAGAUGAUGAGCUACAUGGACAACUGGAACAUUCUUGAGAAAUAUUCCGAGUACGAAAGAACGUGUUUGGAGAUUUGUAUAACAAUAGCUUCGCAGAAAUAUGAUUCUGACCAGCAACCCUGGAAACAGAACAAAAUCGAAAUGGUGUACAAUCUGUGUUCUUCGAUAUAUCAUUUCAACGAUACUCACAUAAACAAAACCUAUCGCGUGGAACGCAUGUCGAUCAAGAACUAUCCUUGGCUGAUAGGAAAAGUCAAGGAAAUUUUGUCUGCGGAUGACGAGAGACACAAUCGAUACGUCAUCGACAAUCUAAAACGUAUAUUGUCGAAACACGAGCAAGAUUUAUACGAAAGUUUAGUGGUUGAAGAGAUCGCUAACGUGAGCAAAGGCGAGGCGUUGAAGGUUCUGAAAAGAAAUCCAGAAAAGAUUCUGGCUCAUUGGAAGGAAUACCUGGACGAAUGUCAGGACAUUUCGUACACGGUGCACACGAUACGAUUCCUCAAGGCUUCACGCUGGUACAACGAGAUCCCAAUCAAGUUCGUCGAGCAAUCUCUCCAGGAUUUGGAGAAGAAGAAGAAAGUUUGUAAGAUCUUGGUCAACCUCCUGGACGGUGACACGUUCUCGAGAAUCAUCGAACCGUUCAUUCCAACGUACAAGUCGAUAGACAUACAAAACGAUGAGGCUAAAACUAAUUACGAAUUAGUCGAGCACAUUAUCCAUUGCAUGAUAUUCGCGAAUCCACCUGUUUCCCUGACUCUUCUAACCAAACUCUUCGAGGGAGACUACUUGUCAGUCGCUCUGGCAGCUCUGAUAAAUGUUUGCAGAAGAACGAACGCAAUGGACACGAUAUCGUUCGCCAGAACGUUGGCCAGCCAGAGGGUGUCCGUUCGGAAGCACGGAAUAAGAUUGAUGCAUAUGCUCGCACCUCGCGAUCAAUUAAUCAACUUCCUUCAAGCCCAGUGGGAGAUCGAGGAGAAUCACUCCAUACGAGAAGUCUUGUUCUCCAAGAGCAUGGAAUUGUUCAGCGACGAUCCCGAGUCAAUAACGUGGUCUCACCUCGCUUCUUUAAUCUCCAUGCUCACGCCGAAGGACGAACACUUGUUCUCGAACGUGUUGCCGCUGAUAAAAUUGACUCCCAACGAGUACGUGGCCGAUUUCAUGAAACUUGCCUUAUACACGAUCGACAAAUUCGCGGAGGCGGAUGUCAUCGGGAAAGGAAAGAUCGCGCAUUACAUCGAGUCAUUCUUGAGCUGCAUAGACGCGGGCAUUUGCAAUCUUGUGUCCGAAGAAUUUUUCGAACUGCUCGUGCGAAGGUUCUUCUUCCAUCAAGAUUCUGGGAUCUCGAAUUGCGCCAUCAAGUACAUAGUCGGUAAUAUGUUGCGCCUACCCGCGGAUAAAUUCGACAGUCUGAUGAAAAUUAUGUGCAACGUGUUGAAAGAGGUUGUGAAGAGCGGCUGGGACGUGGCACAUCCCGAAAAUCCUUGUUUCUAUCCGGUGAACGAGAUCGUGUGUCGAUUCAUCGACGACGUCGUUCAUUAUUCGUACUCGUUUCAACCUUCUGCAAUUAAGUACCAACUGAUCGACGGGAUUCUGUCCACAUUCCUCGUCGUCCUUACCCCACAAACGGACACCAUGUCAUACCUGAUGCUGGUAUUCGCCAGGGAACAAAUAUCCUCGAAAACGCCUAAAGAGUUCGGGAUGAAUCUGGGCCAAAGGAUUAUCGAGCUGAUCGAAAUGUUCUCGAUUCUCUUCAUCUUUUAUAUGACUGAUAUUUUAUGUAACAUGCUGAGCGAGGUGAACUUAUUCCAGGAAUACAAUAAUAAUUACGAUACGAUCGAUAUAAAAUUGGAAGUGAUAGAGGGAUUGAUAGAGAUCGGGUCGAUGGAGGCUGGUAUUGUUGCUGCGAAAUUAUCGGGCACCAUCACGUUGGAUGAAUGUUCUGAGAGAUACAACAACCUGAUGAUCAAGUUGUCCAAAUAUAAUGAUCCUGUAAUCAAAGGUAUAGUCUGUUCUAUUAUCAAUAGAAAAAAGUUCUAGGGUUGAUAGAAAAGAUUUACAAUUGGAUUUAUCAAGUUGGAAAGAAGAUAAUCGAUGAAUCGAUCAUUGAUGUUGAUCGUUGAUUAUACUUCGUGUUAUCGAGGAAUUCGAUCAUGGUUUCUUAAUCAUGCGUAUACGUUCUGCUAUGGCAGAAUUGGGCGAAAGAAAAAUGACGAACAAACGGGUGAUGUUCGAUGAACGAGGCGUUUUGAACGAUUGAUCUUUGUCGUCAGUGAAAAUUGAAAUAAUAUGACGCACAAUUUGAGAGAUUCGAUAAAGAAUCGUGGAGAUAUAUUUUAUCGUCAGAUUAUAUAUUUUUAUAUUUUGCAUAUGAUUCACAUCACGCUCAAAGAAAAUGACAUUUUAAUCCGGAACAUAAUAUAUGCAUUUAAUUAUGCAUUCAAUAUUGUACAUACGUAUAAAAUAUGCAAUAAAAUAUUGUGCAAAGAUCGAAGCGUUAUCCUCUUUCUCUAUUUUAUUCUAUUGUACAAGAAUUAUAUUUUAUUAUAUCUUCAUUUUGCAAUGUAA